UCAAGGUCAAAGACACUGCAAUUAGAGAAAAUGAAACAAAGAAUUAUUCAAGAGGUUGAACAAACGGAACAAGAAGAGAAAUGUUUGACAGAAUAUAAGCAAGAGAUGGAUCUACUUAUGCAAGAAAAAAUGGCACAUGUAGAGGAGUUGCGACAAAUACACGCUGACAUUAAUGCGCCUUUGAUCUCUGCAUGACGAGGAAUAGCUUCGCUCAGCCGCAUCGGCACAUAAUCGCCGGUGAGACGUAUACUUCAAGACCUAGCCCCUUAACUGCUAGCCCAUUGGAGUUCCACCCGUCACAACCUUCUUAAGUUUUCUUCCUUGAACCUUUUCGCGGAGAUGAGUGCGCAGCACUAGAGAGGGAGAGAGGGAGAGAGAGACGACGACGAGCGGCAUCCUUUUUUUUGCGUUCAGUGUGGAAGAGCGGUUUCGGGAACUUUUGCAUCGAGGGUGAUUCCAGGUAAAAC